AGCCGCGUUAGGGGGUGUCGAAGGCCGCCGGGGGGCUCCCACGGCGGGUGCUGGACUCCCGGAUCUUUGUGCGAUGCUGGGUGGUUGUCGGCCUGUCCCAUGUGGAAUUGCAGCGUGUAAGGGAACACUCCGCUCCCUGGGGGUGGCCCGGCAGCACAGACGCUGACAGGGUAAAAAGCACUUGUCCCCCUCCGCAGCUCCGUCCCUGAAUAAAAUACCAUCGCAAAGCCUGGACGUGCCGCGGCCUUUUUAAAACAGUCCCCUCUUGGAAGCAGCCGCCUCGCCAGAGCGUGAGACUGGCAAGCUGGGAAUCCCCUGGAGCAGUUGCCAAUCUUGCUUUGGAUUUAAUAGAACAUAACUAUUUUAAUAUUGAAAUUUGCAAAUGCAAUGGAAGACGGCAAGACUGAAGAGGUGCUAGAUAUUCUUCGACUUAAUGUGGGAGGUUGUGUGUACACAGCCAGACGCAAAUCUUUAUGCCGCUUUAAGGAUUCAAUGCUAGCAUCCAUGUUCAGUGGACGUUUUCCUCUAAAAAUAGAUGAGUCUGGGGCUUGCCUUAUUGAUCGAGAUGGAAACCUCUUUGAGUAUCUUUUAGAUUAUCUUCAUGGAGAAGUUCGGAUUCCUAAAGAUGAACAAACACGAAUUGCAUUGCAGGAAGAGGCAGAUUACUUUGGCAUCCCUUAUCCUUACAGUCUCUCUGACCACUUAGCCAAUGAAAUUGAGACAUAUUCUUUAAGGUCAAAUAUAGAACUUAAAAAGGCUUUGUUAGACUUCUGUGAUUCUUACGGAUUAGCCUGCACCAAGCCUACCGUUUGGGUUCUGCACUACCUCAACACAUCUGGAGCAAGCUGUGAGAGUAGGAUUAUAGGUGUGUUUGCCACAAAAGCUGAUGGGACUGAUGUACUUGACAAGGAACUGGGAGGAAGAAUAAAUAAUAAAAAUAUGUACAAAAGAGAGGCUGGAAGUAAUGUUCAGUACAUCUGGAGUUAUUAUUCAGUGAGUGAACUGAAAAAGAUGAUGGAUGCUUUUGAUGUCUGGGAAGGGAAAGGAACUUCAGGUUUCAGCUAUUGGAGAAUGCCCCAGCUGAUAGAAUGUUGGACUCUUGAAGAACGCUCUUUGAGAGGAAGUCUCCAUCAUAUGUCUCCAGUUCGUAAAAGACGAUUAAUAGACUUUACUGAAGAGGAGGAAGAUGGUCCAAACUUUAAAGCUGGUCCUAAACCAAUUAGAUUUUCUGGUCCCUCAACAAGUACCCACAUCAAAGUCAAGAACUCUGCUUCAUUAAAGGUAGCUGCCUGUAACACUUCUUCACACUCUGUGGUAACCCGUAAACGACCCAGCAGUGAUAGUUUGGUACAGCGCAAAGUAGUGCCAAAAACUGAACUUGCAGUAUGCACAUCAUUGCCUACAAGUUCUCAGGCAUCUUAUGAAACUGAAGGUCCUGAAAAUGGGGCAGCAUAUCAAACUACAUUCAACAUCUCAACGUCUAAGAAACCCAUGACCACUCGUGUGGUAAAACUGAAGCGGACUCCAUUGUGUAUUAUGUCACCAUCUCAGUCAUCUUCCUCUCUGAGUAAAACAGAUGAACAGGAAGUUCCUGCUGUUGAAAUUCCUACUACUUCUACAUCGCUAAAAGAAAAAGAAUCCGAUAUAUCAACAGUGAAUAGUAAGAUCAAGAAUAAUUUGGAGAAAGACAAACUGGAUGAUAAUGUUUAACUUUUUAGCAGAGAUUUCCUGGCAUAAUCUGCUAAACGAAAAGUUUCUGACCCUGGUGUCACGGGACAAACAAACGUACAUCGUGGAUUAUAAUUUAUUACUAGAGCUGGUAAGAAAUCGUGGAGAAAAAUAGUAAAAUGUACAUGGGCAAAAUUUUGAAAUUUGUAGUAAGUUAUGAGUUUUUUCUUGCUUUACUUUUAAUUUUUUUGGGGAUGGAGGCAAGGUUUGUGGAUUUUGAAAAACGUUUUUGCAAUACAUGUUGACCAUCUCUCAGACUUUUACUUAAAUCAAGUUGCCACAAUGUUACUGUCUUUUAAAAAUAGAAUAUACAUGCGUACAAGCAAACCAAACUCAGCUGAUUCCGUUACUGAUAAAGGUCAAGUUUUUAAAAAAAAAUUGAGACCAAGGUUAGGUUCCUAAAUUUAUAUUUUCAAAUUGGAAAAAAAUAGGUCACGUUAAUUAAUAAUGCGGGAGAUCCAGUCUUAGAUCCCGACUCAGUCGUCUACUCUCCAUGUAUGUAAAAUACUGGACAUUGCAAAGGUAUCUGAAUUACCAAGAAUAAGGAGCAGGGUUGCUAGCUUCAAAGUGCUUUUUGGGGACAAUAUAGGAAAAGCAGUUUAACAGCAAUGAAAGGAGCCAUCCUCCCACCUGCCACAGAGGAGGGACUAGGAAAUGUAAGGGGAAGUAGAAUUGAGACAUACAUAUAUUACAUUCUCAAGGGGGAGUGUUCUCCAGCGGAGAAUUGAAUGGGCGAGCUAGGCUUACAUUGUAUUCCUUAAAAAUUGGAAACAUCCUGGCAUUGCACCAUUCCGGUCCGUCCUGUCCUACAAUUGCAGUAAGGCUCUUAUGCCAAACACACAGCUGUGAUUGCUUUGUUCUCCCCUCAAACCCUUCAUAUAUGCAGGACUCCAACAUACGAGCAGGACAAGUUCAGCCUCUUUCAAGCCCAGAAAACAAAAGAGUAGAGUUUGAAAAAUGGGUAAACAACAAAAAUAUGGAUUGAAUACUGCUUUCAGUUGCACCAGUAUACAUUUGUAGUAACACCGAUGAAAUCAAUGAGUACUGCAGAUCUACACCUGUCUAGCAAAGCAGAAUUUGUGCCAAUGUCUUAAAGAAGUGCCUUGAUUCUUCUUGGGUGUUUAGACCAAUGUUGCUUUAUCUGAGAUUUAUACAGUGCAUAUCUUUGCUGGUCUUGCUUGACUAAAAAGAGUUUUAACAUUGCCAACCCCAAGUGUGCAAAAAUCAUAUGGUGGACUUAAAUCAUGAGACUUUUCAAGCUUUACUCUGCAACCGUGAGGGCUAGAACUUAGCUUUUAUUAAGUUUUUUUUUUUUUUUUUUAAAAGUGAGAUUCUCAUGUAAUAACUUGCCUCCUGUAGCUGAGGUGCUAAGAAAAACUUCAAAUAUCAUGAAAGUUGGCAAAACUGUAGUUUUCUGGCCAUCAACUUACAUUUUGAAGGCCAGUUUACAUCUUUAAUGGCCAAGAUAGCAACUUGGAUUUUUUUUUUUUAAAUGAAAGAUUAUGUAGAAAAGAACAAACAUUAUGGAAAAAUGCUAACAUUGUGUAGUCCUUUGUGUCCAUUGGCCCUAGAGUCUGAAAUAUUUUUAGAAGAGAGUUUGAAUGAAAAAUCAAUUUUUUCAUACAUAUUCAAUUUUGUUUACUCAUUACUUCAUUGUUUUAUAAUGGCGCUGUUUGUAAUGUACUUUUUAUCUUUCUAAAAUGAGUUUCCUAAGAUUGAAUAUUUCCUUCCUACCUGCUUGUCAAUGUUUGAUGAUUUUAAAAGAUUUAAAAACAUACACUAAAGAUCAGCAAUAGUCUGGAAUCACAUACACACACUUUUCAGAAAAAAUCUGGUGCAAUUUUCUGUGAUGGCAUCAGUUCCCUAUUUACUCUAGGUAAUCUUCCUUGGUAGUAAAGUAAUUUUUUGCAAGUAUUAUUAUUAUUAAAUAAGUAUUAGUGCCAAAUUCAUAACAUGUCACUCAGAAGCCUGAACAGUCCAGCACAAGACUGAAAUAAAUGGCAGAAACUCCACCUGAGGGUGCUAGAGGAUAAAUAAAUAAAUUAAAUAAAACUUACAAUAGCCUUUAGAGGCACUGGUCAGGACCUCCAUUGUGCUAGCCAUUGUAUGUACUUGUAGUAAAGACAGGCCCCGCAUCAGAGUUUACAAUUUAAUUUUUUGACAUGAUUCAACUGGUAGAUGAAACAGUCGAGCAGACUGCGGGUGGCGGGGAAGUAAAACAGGAUUUCUUUUUAAAGGGAUUGAUUCCCUGUUGACGUCACAAAAUUGGAUUAAGCCCGUCAUUAAUGGAGUGGGCACAAACAUGCUCUCCUUUAGUUGGAGACAUAAAUAUCUAUUUUGAUCCAUUUUUUAAAUCUGUAAAGCUAGAUAUUGCAUUCUUUCACAUAACAAAUGUGUGUAUAAUUUUGUGCUUGGAUAGAACUGUUAAUUUUCAAAUGUCUUAUGUAUUAAAUAGCUCCAACCUAUAACUAUCAAAAGAGAUUUUUAGUGAGGAGCAGCAAUGGCACUUAGCUCCUGCCUGUGAGCAUGCAGGUAACCUGAAACCAAAAGAAACUUCUCAGGUCAGUGAGUAGUUUCAUGGCAUGGGUCGCAUACUAGGUGUUUUGGAGAGGAGGGAACAUUGGGUGGAAUCUUUGCAAGUUAAAGGUUUUUGUGCAAAUUUUUUACAUUCCCCGGGUUUCCCCCCUCUCCUUCAAAAAUGCAGCAUGGGGCCUAAUCUCUUGAAAAUUUGUUACAUUAAAUCACAAUUGUCUAUUUCAGCAAAGGAAGUCCUGUAUGGCAUUCUACAUCUGCGUUCAAACUCUUAGGCAGAUACAGGUAACAUGAAAGAUUUGAGGAAGUUGUAUUAAACAUGAGACUUGGUUCUUCAUUUGAGAUUUUGUGUGUUCUAUCAAAUUUUGCUUAAUAACCAGGGUAGUUUGAAAAAUGUACCAAGUUAAAUCUAUAAAAGAAACUGAAUUCUGAAAUUCAGAGAUGCUUCUCCAUGCAUCUUAAGAAGUGUUUUUUUACCCACGAAAGCUUAUCUGCAAAUAAAUCUGUUAAGUCUUUAAAGUGCCACCGGAAUCCUUGUUAUUUCUGUGGAUACAGACUAACAUGGCUACUCCCGAUACUUGAAUUCAGAAAGUAACUUCAGUCUAGCAAUCCAUUGUGCUGACUACUAGCGUCCAAUGACCAUGAUCUCAUGUAUGAAAUGUAUUGCCUAUUUAGUUUGAUGGAUUAAACACUGCUGUUCAUUUUCUUAUUAACAUUGUCACUCUUUCAGCCCUCUGUAGAAGCAGAAUUUUGUGUUUUCAAACAACCCAAUGUUUGGCAGUGCAAGUGUUAAGUAUGCAGAAGAGUACCAUUCCAUGUUCAUGCCUCGAAAAUCAUUCACAUGUGACCGAGCAUGGGGCUGAGACACAGAAGCCUGUUAUCACCAACAGUACAUGUGAGUUAUAAAGCUGUAAUUCAAUAAACUGCUUCUGAAUAUGGAGAA